UAUAUAUAUACAUAUAUGGGGUUUCUAAAUGUAGAGACUUGUCACAAUUGGGGCAUCCAAACAUUGCCUAAGCGCGCUGAUCAGGUCACCGACGGUAGGACGGGAAGUGGACAGGUGUCGGAGCAAAUGGCAGAGGGAGAGAAGAGGAAGAAGCAGGGGCAGUACGACGCCGUUUCGGGGACAAGGAAGAAAGCACGACAGGACGGUAACGGAGAGCAGACGGAGGUGAAGGAGGAGGAAGUCGAGGAGUUCUUCGCCAUCAUCCGGAGGAUACACGUGGCAGUCAAAUACUUCGAGAGAGGUAGUAACGGUGACGGCCGUAAGUUAACGGAGAUGAGGUCGAGGUUGAGGCAGUCGAUCGAGCGUGAGUGCGCCGGCGGAGUUAACGGCGCUAAGAGCAAGGUGAGAGAGGAAGGUGUGGAAGAGAAUUUGGGUUUGGAUCUGAAUGCGGAGCCUGGUUCGGAAUAGAACCCGAUUCGAAGAGCUUUUUCCUACGCACCAGGCGCAAUUUAGAAAAUGGGGUCAAAAUUCAUUAUUGAGAUGGACCGGUUGUGUUAGAUUUAAAUCCAUGAGCUUGCACUGUUCUACCUGUUUAGUAGGACUUAUUUUUAACUUAUUUUAAUUUUUAUCUUAAUUUAAGUUAUUUUGAUAUAUUUAGUUCAAUUUAAUAAUACAAUUUAUAUUUUUUUGUAA